UGAUUGGACAGGAGGACUAUGUGCUUUUUAGGAGGAGCAAACAGUGUGUGACAUCUAAGUACCUCUCUUUGUCAUGUAUAAAAGCACAGCUCUGUCAAGUUACUUUAAGCACUAAGAUCAUCUCUCCUGGGAUAAGCAUCAAUCACCAUGGACGAUAUUUACAAAGCAGCGGUAUGUAAUACACUAUUUACAUUAAGUUUGACUGGCAAAUAUGUAAGGGAAAUUGCAAGACUAUCAAUUUUAUAUUGUCUUAGAAAAAUAACGAAUUAACCAAGGUUUAUAGUAUCGUCCACCAUUUACAUAUUAUAGGACUUACAAUAUAUUUCUGAUUUUUUUUAUUUAUUUUUUUAAUUUAAAAAAAAUAAAUAUAUAUAUAUUUAAUUUUUGCCUGAAUUUUUCCACCCAGCUAUGAAAGCACCAUAACUCACUGUUAAGCGGAUAUCUUAUUUCACAGAUUUCUCUAACUUUGUAUCAUCCUAUCAUGUCUGAUGCUAUGCAUUACUCAAUUCUGUAUCUCUAUCAGUUAAACUUUAUCGAAACCACACUGGAAGUGUUUAUUGAAUAAUCCCUCUUUUCCCCAUAUACCAGUAAACAGUAAGUAUUAUCAGUAUUUUCCAUUAAUCAGAUAUUUCCUUUCAUCACAUUUUUUUUAAAGUAAAAUGAGACAUUGAAUAUUAUUUACUGUACUAUUUAAAAGCAAACUGCUUUGAUACAUAAUAUAUAGUAUGUAAAGCACAGCUUGUACAUGCAUUGUAAAUCACAAUUGCCCAAGCCUGAUAUGCAAACACUCAAGCUAAUGACCUUGAAAUAUCUCUAGCCAGCAUUUCCAAUACCAACUGUCCAACACGAAUAGCAUAAACAAAAACCUAUCAUGUUCACUGGUGUUGUGCUUUCUCUGGUUGGCUGAAGAUACUGCUGCCCAGAUGCCGUAAAAUAACUUUAGAGGACUAUUUACUAAACAACUAACUUAAGUGAAAGAAAACCAAAUUGCUAAAUGUUUUCAAAAGAGUUGAUCUGGAAAGGAAAUAAUUAGAGCCAGCUUUAGUUACAUAUUGCAUAUUUUUGUGUAAAUCAGUCUUGAUGACCUCAGCUAACACAAUGCUUUCCCUUAGAAAAGCAUUUGGGAGGCUAUUGCGCAUGCGCAGAAAAACACCAUGAUGCGCUAACCAGCAUCUCCUCAUAGACAGCGUCUAUAUGCAGAGCACCAAUGCUGCACGCUGUUUCUUUAAGCUGCAGUUGUUCUGGUGACUAUAGUGUCUCUUUAAGGACUAGGAUUGGCAUUGAAACACGGUUUCCAGUGUUUUUUUUUGGUCUGGGUUUGCAAUUAGCAGGAUAAUAUUCCUCCUAAAAAUGUGUUCUUCAUAUCACUUUUCUAGAUAUUAGUUAAAUAUCUGCUUUUUAUUAAUUGAAGUGAGGUUAACAUUGUGUUUUCAUAUCUAAGACUAGUUUACAGAACUCUCACAUCCAGGUUUUCUGAUAGGAAGAUGUGGUGUGCUUUGUGGAUAUAACACAUUGAUCUCUCAACAGAAUUGCGUUAUUAGGUUGUGUGUCAAAUGGACAACCCACACAGCCCAUACAUUAUAAUUGUAUGGUUCCACUCCAUUGCAUCUAGGCUUUAAUGAGUGAGAUUUUUUUUAAUUUUUAUUUUGAGGGUGGGGGAAGAUCAUAGUAUAAACCAACUACUGUUAUAUAUUAUGUAUCCAAUGCUUACCUACUUGUUUAGAAUUUUUAGCUGUCACACCAAAGGAUCAACCUUUUCUCAACCCCUGUAUAUGAAUUAGAAAAAAACAGAUUUAUAAUAGUGAUUUGAAAUCAUUAUGGUUCUUCUUGGAAAGCAGGACUUUAUUUCGCUACAAGCAGAUAAAUGUACUGGUUAAACUCUUUAAGAAUUGCACGUUCUAUUUAAUUGGAUCUUGCCUCAUUUUUUUCUGUUCUAAAUGCAUUUUUUAUAUUUCUAAUAUAGCAAAACCAACAUGUGCUUAUAAAUCCACACUAUACAUUUGGUGCAUUAAAAAGUUAAUUGUUUGGCUGUAUGCUUUUAUGCCUACUGCUAUUAAUAAAACAAUGCUAGAUUGGAUUGUAGAAGCCACAUGUAAGAAACUUUGUACUGGAAUGUAGAGCAAGGAAUGUAUGCCUGCUGUCAGCACUUGGGGUUACAUUUCAUGCCAUUUACAAAGGGUAUGCAUUCUUCAUCUAUAUAUGGAACAAUGGAUCAGGGAACAAUGGCAAGGCAGCCUGAUAUAGCCGGUGGUAUCAUUAAUAAAGAGGCUUUUUCAUCUGUGAAAUGUAGGCCUUGAUACAUAGCCCAGCAGGGGCUCUAAACAGUGAGCAGAUUAAUGGAAUGGUUAUUGUUAUAGUGCCUCUGCACAGGUGAAUCAUAGGGCUGUCUGAUACAUUAUAGCAGAAUGCUGAUUUUGUUGUGCUUGUAAACUUGUGCAAAAUGUACAUGUAAUGCCUAGUUUAUAAAAUGAUAUUGUGUGUGAUCCUUUUUUUUUUUAUAAGGAUAUAGUGAUGGCAUGUGAUCAGAUUGCAGCAAAAACAAAGUCAUUGUUAUUUACAUAAGUGAGCUUUGUUGGGAAUUCUUAGUCAAUUCAAAGUCAAAUUCAAAUUGACGCCACAAACGUUAAACUUCCCCAACCACCACGGAGCGUGAUAAUUAUCCUGCAGAAUGAUAUAGUUUGUUAUAUGUCUCACCUCCUUAUACAGACUUUGAUUUAUCACGUGCUGCAUGAGACAGAAUGUGAUAUGUCUCUGGUUGGUACAGCGAGGGAUAUUCCCUUAUAGUAUGGUGCAUAAAUAUUAUAUAAUAUGAAAAUGUAUAUAUCAAAAAUAGUUCUGUAGUCUGCAGUACAAUUUUUCAUGCAUGAAGAGAUUUGGGAGUAAAAUAAACAUGGGGCCAGAGGGCAUCUAAUGACUAGCCUGAACAUCUUCACUGUUCUUUGCAUGGCAAAAGGGUGAUUCUAAAAAAAGAGACCUGGGGACUGGAAAACUCCUGCUUCGCAAAAACAUUGAAAACUGCUGAUAUUGGAGAUAGACAUGUGGAAAUGGGGAGGGGUGGGGGGAUGGGGGAGUGGGUGUGUGCUGUUGUGGACAGGCAAAUUGUAUUACCGGUGGUUACAAGGCUGUCACACUGAGCUUGCCAUCUAAAGAGCAAUGCUGAAUUGUUUACGCAAGGGCAGGAAUGCUCUGGAAUUCUAGCCUUGUGCAGCACAAAUACUUUUAAACAUGACUUCAUAGUACAUCUUUCCCUGGUAUCCUCAAAAGCUUGGCUGGUGGAGAAGGUGUUCCAAAUUUGGAACUUUUGGCACAAAUGCUGGUGCAAUAUCAUUAUUACAAGGGAAUUACACUUUUUAGCCUAUUAAAGAAUCUCUGCGUCAUGACUCACCCAAAAUGUCCUUGAGAAGGUUGGGGAAGUGAAUGCCGCAUUCUAAGCUUCCCUUUUACAUUUUGGGUCGCUACAUACCUCCUAUAAUUUAUUUAUAUAAUUUACACAUUCAUAACAUUUAAUAUACAGACAUGGGGAGGAAUUACAUAGACUAGUGGUUUCCAAACCAGUCCUAUGGGCCAUGAGGACUGGAUUGGAAACCACUGAGAUAGACACAAUUCAGAGGUAAAAUCCUCCUAUGUGGUUAGAUUUGAUCCAAGGCAGGCGUCCCAAACUCUGGAGCUGCAUAAUACAAAUACCUUGAUUUUCUGGCCAUUUAUUGCAUUUUAAGAAUUCUGGGAGUUGUAGGCCAUCAACAUAUGCGGGUUAGAGUUUGAGAUCCUUGAGACAACUGCAUGGCAAUGAACUCGGUUUAAAAUUAACAUAUUUAAUCCCUUUGUGACACAGGAAGUACAACCACUGUCACUGACUAAUUGCAUUUCAUACAAUUUGUUACGAAGGGCUUGGUGUAUAACACAGCUCCAGCACUCCAACUCUUUUGUCCUAAAUUACAUUUUAGUGGUAUAAAUGUAAUUAGUAAGUCACCAAAUAUUUCUUAGAAUGACUCUCAUGUCCUCAUGACCACAUCCUACUCACACCCCUAACAUUAAAAUGUCCCUCUUUGUCCAUUUGAAAUGUGGGGAGGUAUGAUUAAUAUAUGAAACCAUAUUGUAAGUUCAUUUGGGGAGAGCCAUCAGAAUCUCCUGCUUCUCUAAUUUAGAACACCGAAAAAUAUAUUGGGUCUUUAUAAAUAAAAAAAAUAAAACAUGAGGAGAAAGGUGUGCUGUGAGGUUUUUUAAUAAUAAAAUUUGCAGAGCUUCAUUAGUUCUCAGCAUUAGUUCAAAGUCUCUACUAAAGGCAGAAUCGAUAUAAAUGUACUAAUAUGAUUUUAUGCACUAGACUAACUAAUUGUUAUUCAGAGAGAAAUAACUUAUCAGAAGAAUAAUAACAGCUGACCUGGCAUUUUCACUUAAACAAUGGUAAGAUAUAUAGAUGCAUAUUCUAAAACAAAGGCUCAGUGACAAAACAUAGGGCAUCUUCAGGGCAACCUGCAUAAAAAUACACCCCAAAAAAUAUAAAAGAGCAAUAUAUGAAAAAAAUGACACUUUAUUCAGCUGAGUAUGCCAGAAUCUCUGGGUAUUUAAUCUGGACUGUGUCAUGUUGCGUUGUGUAUAUUUUCAUAGAAUGCUUCCUCUUACUCAUUCACUCAGGCACUGCCGCUUAUUGUAGUGGGCAUGAUAAAAUGAGUAUAUAGGUGCAAUCCUUCCACUAAUAUUCCUAAGACCGCCUCUGCUCCUCAUUUUUUAUUCACAAUAAUUGUACUGGUAAGCAGGAUUCAGGUGUGCUAAAUCACUGUUAAAGCGACACUUAGUCACUAUAGCCAUUUAAUCUAUUUGAAUUGGUUAUAUUGUCUGGAAUCCCCUGGCACAGCCCCUCCAUUCAGUGUUGAAAGAUGUUUCAGCAGCUUAACACUAAAUAAGGCUCCCUGGCCAAUCACAACUCCGGCCCCUGCUGGAGAUGUAGCUAAGGCAGAAAGUACACAUUUCCUUGUAGUCAUACAGAUUCAUACCAGUGAUGGGAGCUCUGAUAGGCUAAAAGCAUUCAGCUGACACUCUCAGCCAAUCACCGCUGCUCAAGCUAACAAUUAAUGAUUGGCCCAAACAGCACAGAGGGGAUGUGCUCUUGUUUAACACUGAAUGGAAAGACAGGGAACUCCAGACUCUAUAACCAAUUCAGUGAGAUUAAGUGGUCACAGGGCCCUUAACCCUUCAAAAGUAACUAUUGUAGUUUUUAACAAACUGCAAUAAUUACGGUUCAGGGUUAACUACACCUCUAGUGGCUAUGCGUGGGGACGUCCAGCGUCACGUAGAACCCCAUAGGAAAGCAUUUUAUAAUACUUUCCUAUGACGGAAAUCCUAAUGCGGCCAUUGAGGAGUGAAAAUGGAACCGAGCCAGGGCUGAGGGACAUCAGUGCUGGACCCGGGUAAGGGAUGGAAGGCUUUUUUUUUACCCCUUUUGCACCACGAGGUAGGGGUGUUUGACAGAGGGGAAGCUCUAGUGCCAGGAAAAGAAGUUUGUUUUUCUGGCACUAUAGUUUCCUUUUAAUGUCUACUCAGUGUAUCCUCUUUCCAUAAAUGUCUCUUCAGUGAAAUUCAGAGUCUAGUGAAUAAACCUCUGAGGGAAUGAAGUUACAUUCACAAGGGGACGGCAAAAUGAAUUCUUGCCUAGGGCAAGAAUCCUUGCACCAGCCCUGUAUGAUCCCUCUAUAAUUUGAAUGCUACUUCAAUGGGCCCAUUUAUUCUAGACUACUCUUAGCCUCAUAUGCCAAUUAACCAUAGCGAAUAGGCUGAUGGACCAAUAAGAAAAUAACCCAAACUGCAUUUUUUAUUUUGCAUUUUAAUAAUUGUAGUUAUUUGUUGUACUUGUGAAACAUGAAUUUGUAGAUUGUACUUUCUUUCUUUGAUAUCGUGCAAUGGUAUAUAUAUAUAUAUUGCUUUCAAAUUAAUAAUUAACCCAUUGUGGUAAAGUGUAACAAUCUUCAUUUAACACUAACAUUUAUAUUUCUAAUUACAGUGUAAAAAUAAUAAAAUUAUUACAAUGUGAGUGAAUAAGUUUUCACUUUAUAAAUAAAAUAAUGUUGAUAAAAGCAGGGAAGGUGGUAUCUGCACCUUUCAUGCCUUGAUAAGGUAAUGCAAAGCGAAGGCUAAAUUUGGUUUGAAUUUCACGUCUCUAUCACAAUGCUAAUUCUGGUGCCAAGUUUGAGUGCUUAGAGUAGAUAAAAGGCCUAAUGUUAAAUGCCAGUGCUGUGGCGUUACUGGGAACAAUCAAAUACUUUAUCUUUCUCUCUCCUACUCCUGUAUCUGGUCCCUAAAUAUAGAACACAUGCUAAGGGAUUGUGUUACUUUAAAUAUACCAGAAGACCAACAGGGGUAUGCAUCUUAAACCUAUGCAGAGCCAAUUGUGACUCACCCAUUCAGCUCGAAAGCCAGAACAAUAAAAAGCCUCAGCUGUUAUUUUAAUACUCCAAAUAAUAAAGGCAAAUGUUAUCAAUUAUUGUGCUGCUAUUGCAAUACUUUGUUAUUUACUUUUCAAUCUAUACAUUUUAACGUUCUUCUUAAGGGGAUACUCCAGGCCUGAGCGGACUCAUUUAUUAUUAGGAGAUGUAUAUGAAAAAACAAUAAAUUAUAAAAAUUAAAUAAACCAAUAAAAAUGAACCAGAUACUCACAUUUUAGAGAAGUUCCUAUCUUUGAUGCAAAUAAACAUGUUGCGCAGAAUCUGCAGUGAGCUCUCAUUAAAAAGAUGUAUCCAAUCAUGAUCACAUAAUUUGUACAGGGUUGCUGAAAUGAUCCCAUCGAAAAAGGUGAGAAAAAGAGAAACACUGUGUGUUGGAAGAGAGAGGCAGAAAGGUUGUUAUUACACAGUAAAAUGUUAGAUUAUUUAAAAAACAAACAAAUCAAAACAAAACAGCCAUAAUUACUAACUAUAACCGAACUUCCACAUAACACCUAUCAAGUCUGGGUACCUAGAUGUCCCUUUAAAAUACGUACAUUACAUAUAUGAAAAAAAGAGAGAUAUUUUUAGGGCAGAUUUAAUUGUUAUUAUUGUGAGUUGUCUUCAGUAAAACAUAUUCUAAAAAGACUAUACAAUUAAACAUGCAUGUUUCACCUCCAUACCAUUUUAAUGAAUAACUGUUAUCUCAUUGUCUAAAAAUUAUAGUGAGAGCUGAGUAAUGAGAGCCCAUCUCUGAGACACAGAGUGACAGAUCUCUGGUAAUCUUAGAUGGGGCCAAUCAGGAAAGGCCUGAUAUGGACUGUGUAUUUCAUCAUGAAAUGCAGGCACAUGUUAGGGGGCAUGUUAGCAGUGUGGGUAUCUCAGACUAUCAUUGUUUUUGUACAUUCACUUUUUGCAUUUAUAGGCGUAGUUUCAAAAGCAGCAGUUCACUGUAGCGUGGCCGAGCCCUGUAUGGUCCGCGGGUACAGGGAGCAUCUGUCUCCUGUACCCGGCCGGACUAACAGGAAAGGCACACAGAGUGUGCACUUCAUUUUAGUCCAGCUGGGUACAGGAAACAAAAGCUCCCUGUACCCGCAGACCAUACAGGGCUCGGCCACACUUCAACAGAGGUAGGGGAGGGGGGAGAAAGAAAUUGACAGGGGGGGGGGAAAUUAGAGUGGGGAGGGGGAGGGGAGAAGAGAGUGACAAGGGAAAAAAGAGAUUGACAUCCAUCACACACACACACAAUGCACCCCUUGCACACAGAAAAAUACACAAUGCAUUCCUUACACACACACACACACACUCAAUGCACCCCUUAAACACACUCAAUGCACCCCUUACAGAUGCACAUACUGCAUCCCGUACAUACACAGAAACACACCUUGCAGCCCUUACACAUCCAAACACAGAUUCACACAAUGCAUUCCUUACACACAUAUCAGGACAUCCCUUACACACUCCACCCCCCGUGAACAAACUCAUUGGUGGAACAUGAAGGUGGACCCUGGGACCCAGACCUUGAACUGUGUAAAGGGCCCCAAAAAAAUUGAGCUGCUUCCCGUUCUCCCAGAACAUUGAUUUUUGUGACCACAGUUACAAACAGCCUCCAGAGAUCCUGUUCUUCACCAGACCAGUGGAGCCAGACAGGAGCUAGAGCCCAUCAUCAUCCUCAUCUGGUUGUAAGUAGGCAAUCUAGUAUAUUAUUUGUGGCACUAAUCUCUAAUUUACCUCACAUUAAAGAAACACUGUAGUCCCCAGAACCACUGCAGCUUAAUGUAGUGGUUCUGGUGUCUAUAGCCUGUCCCUGCAGGCCUUUUAAUGUAAACAUGGCGGCACUGCAGCACUGGUGUUAGUUAACAUGGCAGAUCAUAUGGGUGGGGCAUUGUGAUGUCACAUGGGGGGGCAAACUUUACUUUUGCCUAGGGUGGUAAAAAUCCUUGCACCGGCCCUGGGUAGAAGUUGCUCUAGGAGGCCAUAAGCUUUCCUAGAGAGAUGGGUUUUAAGGCACUUCUUAAAUGAUUGAAGACUAGGGGAGAGUCUGAUGGCGGUAGGCAGGCUAUUCCAUAGGAAGGGAGCCGCUUGCGAGAAGUCCUGCAAGCGUGAGUUUAGUAAAAGGCAUACUGAAAGUGUAAGACACAUCACUAGGGUAUCACUGAUCUAUCAUGACAGUCUCAUAUUUUGCAAAGCUACUUAAAAUCACGUCUUAAGGAAAAUAAAAAUUGUGGUACUUAGUCACACUGUACGUCAUAUCGUAUAUAAGCCCACCACUAUUGGUGAGUCCUAUACUAAUUUUUCCAUUGGUUAUAUACAUGCUACUUGCAAAAUGUACUGAUGAAAUCACAUUAAGAGGCUUACAUCAUAUUUAAAAACAACCCUCACCUCAAAACCAUAUUGUGUUGAGGUGAUAACAAAGAUAUAAUGAAAUUAAAUGAAAUAGUACUUAUCUAUAAAAAGACAGCUUCCCUCAGAUUACUUCUCAGGGAAUAAUCCCUUGACAACCAAUAUAUAUAUAUACACACUGAAAAUUGGAUACAGCUAGAGACAAAAAAAUAAAAAACAUAGUGUAAUACAGUAUAAAAAUGAUUAUUACGCUGUGAUGUAGUACACUCACAAGAGUUUGGUAGUAUGCACUCCAAAGGUGCCUCCCCCAAUGGAGAUGGGGGGGGUUCUGAGCCCUUCCUGGAUCCGUUCACAGGACUCCGGGUGGUAGAUUUUUUUUUAAAGCGGCUUUAUUGGUACAUACAAAACGAAAGUUAAAAUAAUAUAAAAUUAGCUGUAGGUUCUACAUGUUUUGUCCCUAGCAAAUGGGACUUCCUCAAGGACCAAUAAAUCAGUAAAACUCAUAAAACAAUAAUAAGCAAAACAAGCAGCCUAACCACCCCCAUCCGUUAGUCUCUUUAAAUAGUGCUAGUCCCUCAGUUCACAUCGUACUUAUGCUUAAAUUUCAUACUUAAUUUAUUUUUGAACAUAUUGACAAUAUUUUUGAUGCAUUUUCCAAGGAACAACUCACAAUUCUUCAAAAUGUGUAGCUUUCCAAUCCAGAAGAUCUGUGAUCUAAAAAUAUUAUAUCAAAUACAGGUGAUCGCCAUAUUUAUAUUUUUUGUAGCACAUACUCGGGGGUUUAUUUACUGAUAGGAGAUUUCAAAAUGAAUUUGAAAUUUAAUUUCAAAAUAGCUGAACUUGAAGUCGGGUAUGCUUCUAUUUUGGCUACCGUGAUCUUAAAUUUUAAAUUCUAUUUAGAUUCUCACUUGGGUAAAUAACCCUGUUAGUGAAAAGAUAUUCUUUGUUAUUUGUCUUCCUUUAUUUGUCUUUUUAUUGUUAUCGUUUUCUUUAGUUUGUCUAAGGAAUAGUUAUAAAAUAUUUACUCUUUGCUUGAAAAUGAGGAAGCUUUAUUAAAUAGAAACGGAUCUCUAAUAACAAAAGAAAGAAAAUGCAAAUUACUUAUAGUUCUUAAGAAUUCUUAUUUUGUUCCUUGUAAAAUUUACAUUCUAAGUCACAUGCUGUGUGUUAAGGUAUUAAGGGUUUGUUAUUUAGAAUGGUGAGCUUGUUUGAGCAGGACUUUCUUCACCUCUUUUCUCUGGUAAUAUUUUGUUUCAACUACUGGUUGUCAAUUAUCCUCAUACUAUGAUUGUAUGAAUAUGUUGUAGCUAUAUAAAUAUAGCCGGUGCAAGGAAUUUUGGCUAAACAAGAUGCAUUUGACACCACCCCUGUUACCCCAAAAAUGCACCUUCACCUGUGUGUCCCUUAAUCCCCCUUUUGUGUUUCUUAUCCUCUCUUUUGAAUGUCUUACCCUCUUUCGUAUAUCUUAUCACCUAUUUACACCCCCUCCUUUGUGUGUCUCUUACUUCCUUCCAGCCCAUUGUGUUUCUCUUUCAACCCCAGCUCCUUUGUGUGUCUCUUUCUACUCCAGAUCCUUUGUGUCUCUUUCUACCCCAGAUCCUUUGUGUGUCUCUCUCUUCACUUCUGUAGUCUCUCUGCGUUUCUCUUCCCCUCUCCCAGCCCCUUUGUCUGUCUCUUUCUCCCCUUCCCCGUCCCCUCAGUUUGCGUCUCCCCCAGUCCCUUUUUCUCGUUCUCCCUUUCCCAGCCCCUCUGUGUGAAUCUUCCCCCAAAGGACAUUGUCUCUUUCUCCUCUUCCUCACCCCCUCUGCCUCCUUCUCCCCCAGCCCCUUGUGUGAUACAGGAGCUCCUCCACACCGGUCCGCGGUUCGGCCAUGCUGCAGUAACUGAGAGAUUGGCACAUGCUGCCACUUUAGGGUGCACUGGCCCGUGGGGUGCACAUGAUCCAUUUGACAGACAGGAGGAGAGCGCACAGCACAGCCGUUAAAAUGGAUGAUGUACAUCCCCUGGGCCAGUGUGCCCUAAAGUUGCCACAUGUGCCACCUUAUGGUAGAGCCGGCCUGAGAAGAAAGGUAAUUUAUAUCACAUUGAGGAGAUUCGUAGUGUUUUACUUAGAAUGAAACAAUUGUGUGUUUAACUUUAACCGAAAUAGAUGUGCAGCUGCUACAGUUAUAGCUAUUAUUCUUUGCUAAACAUUUACCCAUUUUCACGUUUAAAAAAUUGUUUAGGUUCAUAUGUACUGCAGAGGUAAUUUCUUACAGUAGAAUGUCUAUUGGUAAGUAACACGCUAUUGUUUUGAGUAAGUGAUGAAUACAAGUCAAUAAUUAUAGAAAAACUCAGAAGGCUGGGCACAGGGCAUAUCACUAUAUUUAAAUCAGAAUGAAGUUGUUAUGGUGCCCGGAGGUCCCUGGCACCAGCCUUUCUUUAGGAGUUAUACUGCUCACGAAUGGCUUAACUCGAAAGUGUUCUCUCUAGCCUGGUUAGCUGUAUUACUGUCCCUCCACUGUUAUAUUCUUCAAAUAGUGAGCUUUGGAAUGCUGCAGAUAGGGGCUCCGCUGAUUGGCCGAGAGUGUCCCCAUUCCUAAAAACAGAUUAAUAAUAGGAAGAAAAAAAAAAUAUGAUUCAUUUAUUGUCAAUGAAACUAGAUCAGGAAGAUGUAAAUAGUCGGUUGCCUGCAAAGAACAUAACUGUAAAUAAAGAUUUCACUUUCUGCUUGAGUAUGAACUGUGUUUGAAUUAAAAAAUAUUAGAAUCCCAAGUGAAUACAACUCUGAAUCGUGCUUACCUUUGUUUUAUUUUAGGUUGAGCAACUUACAGAGGAGCAGAAAAAUGGUAAGAAACCCUGAAGCAGUAAGCAGUCUGGUUUCCCUAAAUCACAACCUAGUAAAAAAAACUCCAAAUAUCAAGUGUCAGGGCCAAAACAUGUCUCCACUCAUGGGUCAUUCAGUGGAAUAUACUGCCUUAAAAACUAGAUGUGGUGAGACUUCUUAAACAUGUUCCAUGUUUCAACUGACAUUGUAGCUCUAAAGCAGUUCUUUUUUUCAACCUAAUAUUUUUAUUGAGGUUUUCAGACCUAUCUAUUUUUAUAAGUUAGGUGUUAACUGACCACAGAAGAGAGUACUAUUUCAUUUAUGUUAUACAAAUUGUGUUUAAGUCUAUUUUUUAAGAUUUGCAUGAUGAGCUUUUCUGUAAUCUUUUCUCCCUGCAGAAUUCAGAGCAGCUUUUGAUAUUUUUGUACAAGACGCAGAAGAUGGCUGUAUCAGCACAAAGGAAUUGGGGAAAGUAAUGAGGAUGCUUGGUCAGAAUCCCACCCCUGAGGAACUUCAGGAGAUGAUAGAUGAGGUGGAUGAAGAUGGUAAGUACAUACAUUUACAUUAAGUCUGUUACUUAGUAAAACAAAUGCAGCAUCACACAGGAUUUGUUAGAGAUGCAGGUGAAAAGUAACUUAAUUGACUUUAAUAGUGAAAGGAGCAUUUCACUCCUAUGGAAAUGAAAUCAUUGAAUAAAUAAUUGAAAAUCACCAAUAACUAGUAUAAAUCUUUCUAUGUGAUGCUCUGAUCUAUUUUAAAUUUAUGUUAAAUGUAUAUUCUAAUAUAUUCCAUGUCAAAGAAGUUAUGGUAACUGGAGUUCACCGACACCUUCAUACCUCUUAGUGGUAAUCAGGAUUCCCCAAACUCUGGCCCUCCAGAUGAUGCUGAACUACAACUCGAAAGAAAUAGAUAGCCAGAGAAUCAUGGGAGUUGUAGUUCAGCAACAUCUAGAGGGCAAAAGUUUGGAGAACCCUGUGUUAAACCAUUAUCAAAGAGUUUAACUCUUAAGUGGAGUACCCCAAGUGGCCUUUCCUUCCUCUGGCUGCUUCUGAUUUCAGCCUAUGACUGGCUGACCAUAGCAAGUAAUAUUUCUGAAAUAUAUGUAUUUUUGUCUAGUAUUACUCACCUUGGGCAGCCAUUGAUAGUAACUGAGAGCAUCAGUUGACACUCUCAGCCUAUCACUACUGCUCAAGCAAAUACUUCUGCAUUUGAAAGCACCCAGAUAAGAGGGAGCCAGAUGGUGGCUCCAGUUAAAUGUUAAAAUUUUCAAAAAAAACUGUUUAACACAAAAAAGUAGUAGGUCACAUGUGAACUCAUUAAAAUCUCUUCUUUGGCAUGUGGUGGUUUGGUGCUCAGAAUGGUCUUUUAGUGUAACCAGUCUAUUCAUUGCAAAUAAAGAAGAUAAAUAUAAAUUACUUUGAAUAACGUGUGUAUUGCUCACUUUAAAAUUAUAUAAGAAGGGACAUAACCACCACUACAUUCAGUUUUGUUUUGAAUUCAUCAGGAUUAUCAAUAAGUGUAGUUUUUUCUAAAUAAAAAAACAUGCUUUUUGCUUGGGAUGCCAUAAGGAAGGAAAACGUUCAAUUCCUCAUUAUCUAGAAAAAUAUUUGUAUGGUGAUUGGUGAUGUGUGUUUUUUCUUUGAAAUAUUACUCUGAGCUGUGGUGUACAAAAGUAUUCUGCUUUGCUGGAUUGCUCCAGCCAUUCAAGCAUGGCCAAAAUGUACUUAGCCCAUUUGGUGCCACAAAAUUAACUCAAGGAUACCUAGUUGGAUGGCUUCUACUAAUGCCAUUCACAUUUCCACUAUGUUCAACAUCAGAAUGCCAGAUCUUGUGGACUACGCCUCCCUUGAUGCUUUGUCAGCAUCAUGGCUGUAAUAGCAUUAUGGGAGAUGUAGUGCACAGCAUCUGGAGUGCCGAAGGUUGCCUACCACCGAUCUGCAAGUUUUGUUGCAUACCAUCAAUUUCUUAUCAUACCUGUCUGCUCUCCUUGAUUAAUGAUCAGCACUGACUUUUUGCCAAGUCUACGUGAAUAUAGAUGGAUUAAGACCAAAAUGUUUGUCUUUGGGCACAUCAGGCCAUAAAACUGUCUCCCAUAUUGUUUCUGGAGAUUAUGCAUGUAUGUGGGCUUAGAUAUUCUAGUAUCUAUUUGCGAGAACCAGAUUUCAUCUUGCAAUUCUUCUCCACAGCUCGGACGUGUGAACAAUAUGUGAAAUUGUUGUGAUGUGUAGGCUGUAAUGAGUUACUUCCACAAAUUCUUGCAGCUUAUAUAAAGCUGUCAUUGCCUUCUUGGUAAUCCCUGUGAUGAGUAUUUUCCUUACCCAGCCAUAAGUUAUGGAACUUUGCAAUGUAUUUCCUGUAAGACUGCUCUACUACUUCUUAUCAAUCUCCAUCUCCAAUGUUCUAUUGUCUGAGUAAUGCAGUUAUGCUAUUUCUUAUAUCUUGCACUUUAUCAGAAGCUUUCAACCUUUGUUAGCUUUUUGUAGACCAGUGCAAUCCCUGUAUUAUGUAACCAAGAAACCAGAAAGUCUUACAAGAACCUCUGAUUUUAUUUAUGGAUAAUCAGUUUAACAGCCCUAAUUAUUGAUAAGCCUUCAAGUGAUGACAGGCUUUACUGUAAUGGCUCCUAUUGAUUGUAAAUGAUGUGCACAUCUUAAAUGGACACUGCAGCUUCGUAUAAUGAUUACAAUGCUGAGAAGCUUUUCCUUAAAAUUUCUAUAUUUAUGGAGGUCCAUUAUAUUUGGUUUUAUCAAGCUUUAUAUUAGAAAACAUGUUAAGAUAAUACACGUUAAAGAAUUGGAGUCACACUAACAGCAUUUUUUUUAAUCCUUAGGUAGCGGCACGGUAGACUUUGAUGAGUUCUUGGUAAUGAUGGUCCGAUGUAUGAAAGAUGACAGCAAAGGAAAAUCAGAAGAAGAACUAUCAGAUCUAUUCCGAAUGUUUGACAAGUAAGAAAGCUAUUUAGCCAGAAUUUAUGGGAUGGUCUGGAGGGCUACAUGUACAUCCAGUCUACACUCUUCCCACUUGGCUGGACUAAUCAACUUGCCCUGCUAUAUCAUGUCUGCUUCCCUCUUUGUCGCUAUUACCAUCCUUUUCAUUCAUAUAUUUCAUGGUAGGCCCAUUAUCAGGCUGUGUUGGAUACACCACAUUUCAUGUGAAAUCCCCCUCCCAAUCACAGCUCAGAGAAUGUAGCUAGAAGUAAUGUUGUUAUUAUUAUAAAAUAAGUAAUGUUAUUAAUCUAAAAGGAUUAUAUUUGUUUUAUUGUUUGUUGUAUGCGUGCUUGUGUGAAACAACCAGUUUCAGUUAUUUCCGAUCUAAAGCUUUAUGGCACUAGAACCUCUGUCGGUACAAUUGUUAUUGUAUUUUUUUUUUACAGACUCAUUAGCAUAAAACAGGUUUGAUUUCCAUGUUAAUUCUUGGGUCAGCUGAUGUGUUACUACUGGCCAUAUAACACUCUGUGAUUUACAGUACAGAUUUCUCAAAGCCACAUAGAGCAAAUCAUCAAUGUGCCGAUAGAAGCCUAUUAAAUGACAGUAACUUCUAGAGAAAGAAUAAACAUAUCUAUAGAGUCAGAACAAAAUUAACCUUACCUAUACUAGGCAAAAUGUCAUUUACUUGGGCGUCAUCUUUCUUCAAUGCCAUGUAAGAGCUCUUCUUUAAUUUCAAAUUGGCUGUCUUAUAAAUAAAACUAUUUAUUGUAGUAGCGAGAAAACACAGGGUGAGGGUGAAGGAGAUGAUCUAGUUGUAUUGUAUUUUGUAAAAAUAUAUUUUUAAGAUGCUUCACUUUGAUUUUCAGAAAUGCUGAUGGGUACAUUGAUCUUGAUGAGCUUAAAACCAUGUUAGAAGCAACCGGAGAAACAAUUACUGAAGAUGACAUCGAGGAACUGAUGAGAGAUGGAGACAAAAAUAAUGACGGCAGAAUUGAUUAUGAUGGUAAGUAAAAUGGAGAUCUAAUUUUGGUAAGUAAGACACAUUUUAUCUAAUCCAUCCUAUCCAUAUGUUGAUGAUGAUGAUGAAAUCCUGUGCUGAGGCUAGGUUCUUCUGGCAGCAUGAUCCUACUUUGGUGACUUAACACCUCACUCCAGGGUGGGACCUGGAGGAUGGGGAUAAAGGUGGACUUGGGUUCCAUGGAAGGACUACCAUGCCACCAGUGGUCAGUCUGCCACCAGUGCAUUAUCCCGUGCACUAUCCUAAAUCCCAAAGCAUGUUUAAAUAAUAAUAAUAGUUUUUAGUACCACUGAAAUGCCCAUUACAAUGUAAGCUCACCUGCCGCGUCGAGGCAGGCCUGCCAACAAUUCACAUUUCUGAUUUAGCCAAAAGGCAGUUUUUAAUGAAUGACCCUAAUGAGCCAGAAAGGGAUGUUGUUAUGAACCCCUACAAGUCAAUUAACCCUUAUUAGGGCAGACAUGGGGUGGCUGACAGCAUUGUAAGAUGGCUGUUCAGGAAGGGUUGGUCUUUUGGCAUCUGCAGAGUCCCAUGUGUUCGUUGGUUAUUUUCCAAAUUAAAAGAUAAGCUCUUAAGAGUGAUAAUAUUUCCUUAUCAAAUAAAGAACCUUUCGCAACAUCUUAGAAACAGGGAUUGUUCGGUUUAUGUGUAAUUUAAAUCUUUAGAUGGCAGUAAGACAGAUUUCAGCACAAAGGUUAUGAAAACAUAGGAAGUGUAUAUAAAUACAGGCGAUAAGAAAUUUUUUGGGAGACUGUUUAUUAGACAUGAACAAUGGGAAGAGGAUGAUGUGAGUUUCAGUUCAGUAUCAACUGACGAGCCACAAAUAUGGUGGCCUAUAAACUAAACUGAAUUGAUUGUGACUUUUAAGGUAAAAAAAGGGCAAAUUCAGCUGAAAUGGAGAUUUUUUUUUUUUAUUGAAAUUUUGCACAUGUGCUGUUAAUUAAGUUUUUAAUGAAUGAACCCCAUGCCCUUCUUGUCAAUAAUCUUGGACUGAAUGAGUAUGUGAUGGUGAGCUCCAUCUAUAAUAUAGUGCCUUAUUACAGUGCAGGUUGCACCCCAAUUUAUUGCAUUGACACUGACCUGGUUGAGAAUGAUUAGAGAUAUAGUCUACAUCAGAGUGCAGGUACACUAUAUAAGACAUUGUGUCGUACCUAAACCCCUAAAUUCUAACUAGAUUAUUAUAUUAAUUAUCCUAUGCCAUAUUCCUAAGUACUCCCCACCCUAAGAACCCAACCUAAUGAGUACUUAGUAACCCCUAUAAUAUUGUCAUUAUGAUGCUCAACAUGAAUGAGCUGUUUUGACUGUGAUGGUUUUAAUGGAUUGCAAAUGAAAUGGAGUGCUUUAUUAGACGUGUACAGUGCAAAAAAAAUGUUUUGGCAGAACAUUUUCAUGAAGGCAGAAUUUGAGCAAUAUGGUGGUUCGACUCGUCCAAAUCUUGUUACCGUAAAGAGAUUCUGGAAAAUGAAUUGGACGUACUAAAGAGCACAAAAAUAGGCCAAUCAGUGUACUGCAAAACAUAUACCUAUCAUAAAAAUGAUGUAUAUAUUAUAUUUUGCAUACGCUGAUAGGUGCGUUUUCCUGCCAUUUAUUUCACACAUCAAGUAGAAAAAGUAGCCAAAAUAGGGAAAAUGAGGAGCAAUAAAAAUUACAUUUAUAUAUUAUGUAUUUAUUCAUAUAUGUGUGUAUAUAUAUAUAUAUAUAUAUAUAUAUUACUGCUCCUGCUUUUUCUCCCUCUACUGCUGAAUUCUCAGCAAGUCACCUAGCCAUAAAUAAUUUUUUUCCCUGUCAAUCAUCUACUUUUUUGGUGCCAUGGGCGGAAUUCUGAAUCAUAAAUCAAAACAGACUGUACACUUCGUUUGUUUUGUGAUUCAUCUACAUUUCAACUUAAAUCGACACUAUAGUCACCCAGACAACUUCAGCUCAAUGAAGUGGUCUGGCUGCCAGCUCCCCCAGGUUUUAACCCUUCAGAUGUAAACAUAGCAGUUUCAGAGAAACUGCUAUGUUUACAUUGCAGGGUUAAUCCAUCCUCUAGUGGCUGUCUUCCUGACAGCCGUUAGAGGCGCAUCUGUGAUGCUGGAUGCGAAAUUCGCAUCCAGCGUGCUGAACGUUCAUAGGAAAGCAUUAAGAAAUGCUUUCCUAUGGACUGUUUGAAUGCGUGCCCGGCUCUUGCCGCACAUGCGCAUUCCGCUCCACUCGGGAGCUGAUGUCGGCGGGGGAGGAGAGGUCACCAGUGCCAGUUAGCCUGGCGCUGGAUAAAUGUAAGUAGCUGAAGGGGUUAUAACCCCUUCAGUGCCAAGGCAGGGGGGCCUUGAGGGUGGGGUCAUAAGGAUGCUAUAGUGUCAGGAAAACAAGUUUGUUUUCCUGACACUAUAGUGAUCCUUUAAGGCUCUGCAAUUCAGAUGAUCACUCAGUUAGACCAGGUUCGGAUGAAUUACAGUUCGGAACAUAACAAAUCUCCAAGUCUACUAUAUAUAUAUAUAUAUAUAUAUAUUACAUAAUUAUAAUAAGUUUGUUAUGUAUAAAACUCUGAAAGUGAAAUAAAUAUAUAUAUUUUUUAAUAUCUUUUAGAAUUCCUGGAAUUCAUGAAGGGUGUUGAAUAAAUAUCAAGCUAUCGCAACUUCAAUAUGUGAACCCAUUGUCUAUUACCACCCAUUUGUUUUAUGACCUCUGGACUGGAUCUUGAAACAGCAUCUCAUUACAAAAAUAAAAUAAAAAUGUCAUACACAAAAUAAAAAAUUCUGGAUUUGUUGUUGCAGUCAUGUGAAAUGAUUUUGUUAUUGCCAUGUAAGAUAUUUUGGAAAUACAGAAGAAAGACCGGCAUAACUGCUUAAAUUGUGAUUUUAAUUUAUAUGCUAAUAUGAAGAGUAACAUUUUGACUACUGAUUAGCGCUUAUGAUGUCUACUAGGAACAGGGACAGUAAAAAAUUUUGAACCCAAAGCAAAGUCAGCAGACUGGAUGUGACCAUAUAAAAUCGACCACACUGUGACCUUGGAACCCUUAAAGUAUACAGGGCUAUAUUUAUGAAGGAAACAAAAUGGUGGUAUUCUGUAACAAAGUGCUAAAUGAGUAGGUAUCACCAUAGCAACCCAUGCAAUAUACCUCAACAUUUAGCGCUUCCCAGAUUAGGAACUGUUUUGCUUUGAUAAACAAGACCUGUAAAGUUUAAGUAAUUGAGCUGACAAUCACUGUACUUCCAAACAGAAACAUUGUGAAUACUUUGUAAUAUGCCACCCAUUAAUUUUAUAUAUAAUGUAAUUGAUAAGUAUGAUAACCAUGUUACUCUGCAGACAUAUACGCAAAUGUUUACUGUCUUUGAUUACGGGAGUGUUGAGUAAAGCUUUAUUCAGUACACUUUGCAAUCUUCUGAGAAGUGUCAGCCUAUAACCCUGGUGUUAAAACAUUAUGUUCUGCUAAUAAAUCAAUUUGCAAUAUAUUGACUGUGAUGCCUUUUCAUUUGUAUCUGAACCCGACACUCUUACUAGGGUGUUAAAGGAGCACUCCAAGUACUAUAACCACUGCAGCCUCCUGGGUUCCUCAAUACUCAGCAUUUUAAAUAUAACAAAACCUUUACUUUGACACAAAUAAAAUAAUUUCUUCUUUUAAAGACUAUGGCUUGUUUGGAGAUAUCCCUCAGUCUAACAUGACUAUGGCUGGGAAAAUAUCUUAGUUAAGAGAACACCGCAAGGUCUAUAACCACUGCAAAAUCUUGUAGAGGUUAUGGUACAAGAAUGCCAUUAUGCAUUCCCAUUGAAACAUGUCAAGCUGUCUUAAUAUGGUGUGACAACUUGGGGCAGUUGUGGAUGUCAAGACACUUGUUGGUAGGUAAGCUAUAUAACUAGGCAUGCUAUAUAAAUAGGAAUACUUUAUAAGUCUGUACCAUGUUUAAACCUGCAAACAUACAUAUGUAAUUCCCAUGUUACCACAUACAUAUUUCCCACGUUUCAAGUAAAACACCAUUGACUUAACAAAACAGAACAAAAUAAAAUAAAAAUAAAACUGAUUUAAAAAAGUUUUAAAACUUUUUAAAAUCAAUUUUAGCUUAGAUUUGCUCUGUUUUGUCUAUUCCAGUUAAUGACAUUUGAAUUGAAACACGGGGAAUAUGUAUGUGCCUGUGUUUAAUCUAUGACAUCCUAACAUAGCAUUUAAUUUGAGCAUUUAUAACAAUACUGUUCAGUUUUGGUUAGGCAUAUAAAGGUCUCAUCCCCAAUUAGUCUGACAUUUAACACUUCUGGGUAAGGCACACUGUUACACAUGCCUACAAUGCUAUUGCUGGAAGUUCCAUCUUAAAGGAAGAAUGUAAGAAUGUAUGGAAUGGAUUGUGGCAUAACUGAGUUUAAUUACCACUCUCUUAAAUAUGAUAAUGAACACCACAUGGAAAAAACGAAAAGUGACAUUAAAUCUAAACAUAAGUGUCCUCACAAAGUCAAACGUAAGGGCAGAGGAUGUACGUCGUGAAGGUUAUAUGAGGCUUACUUUAUUGGGACAGAAGUCUAAAGAUAUAUCACACAUUACAUUUUUGUAAUAUGGUAUUAAAACACUUUGUAAUUCUAUUAUUCAUGUUAAUGAUUUGUCCUUUUUAAAUUAGUGUUAUCUGUAAUAUUAGCUCUUUGAGUAGCAUUCUCGUGGCUUUGUCCAAUUGACAUAUAAUGACCUAUGUGAUAUUCUGUACUUUACAUUAAAAUUUUAAGAUGUU